GUCUCCUCAAAGAUCCUAGCUCAGAUGCUUGGGUGAAGGUUUUAAGUUCCUUGGACUGUAAAUACUCUUUUGAGCCUCAGGCAAUUCCCUGCAGCAUAACCUGGAGGAGAAACACGCCAAACACUCUGUCUACUCCAGAUGGCCCCGUGGUGAAGACUGAAGAGGAGAAAGAGGUGUUGGUGUUGGUAGAGCCGGAAGAUUUUCUCCAGCACCUCUUUUCCCUAUCCCAGAGUUUUGUCAACGCCCCAUCGGCGAGUCAGCCUGACCUGAACCAAGUGUUGCCUUUGGCCGGCGUGGAGGGCUCCUCCACCAAAACCUACAGCCUGGCCGUCAUCGGGCUGGAUGCCUACAGGUGUAACCAGGAGCAGGGCAGGCAGCAGGCACUGAGCCCUGGCAAGCAGAGUCCCAGGUCCCAGCCUGGCCCAGAGCUGGCUAUGACUCAGGAGGAGAUUCUGGAGGCGCUGGUGGUGCUGCAGCUGUGGGGUAACAUCGACGUGCUGUUCCUAGACACGUGGCAGGAAUUCGGCCAGCAUGUCUCUGCGCUGACGAAGGCAAUAGCAAAACGUCCGUACAAGAGACAGCUGGAGUCACAGCAGGAGUUGCCUUUCUGCCCUGCCGGGGCCUGGGCCAGCGGGGUGCGAGUGGAGAAGGACGGCACAGGACUCUGGCAGGUGUGGAAGAGACAAAUCCAGCAGUUUAACAGAGUCAGCCCUGCAACGGCAGCAGCUAUAGCGGAAGCGUAUCCCUCCCCACGCCUCCUGUUACAGGCCUACGAAGAGUGCAGCACAGAAGAUGAAAAACGACUCCUGCUGAGUGACAUCCUGGUCAAAUCGGACGUCAGUGGCAAGGACCGCCGCGUUGGGCCAGACUUAUCCCGCCGCAUCUACCUCUUCAUGGUAUCCACCGACCCCGACCUUGUCCUGGACCUGAGCACGUAG